GGUUCAGAGAAGUAAUGCAGCUCUGCCUCUAUAUAAGACAGAGCAGAGGCGCCUCUCAGACCAGACUCAGCUCCUCUCUGUCCUCCAGCACACGGCUGCUCCUCUCUCUCUCUGUCCAUCUCUUUCCUUCUGCCUCUGCAUCCAUCCAGUUGGGAUCCAGUGAGGGAACCAUGAAGACUCUGCCUGCUGUUCUGUUCCUGGUGCUGCUCUGCUCUGUGCAGCUCGUCUACAGCAAUGCACCAGGUCUUGCUGCUUCCUGUUGUGCGGAUUAUUACAACAAAAGGAUCCCACUGAGUCAGAUUGUCUCCUUCUACGAGACUAACCCCUCCUGCCCCCUAAACGCAUUAGUGUUUGUGACCAACAGAAACCGGUCUUUCUGUGUAAAUCCAGAUGAGGCCUGGGUCAGUACCCAUGUCAGUAAGCUGGACAACAGGAAGACCACUGACUGACAACAGCAUCCACAAAAACAGCCGAGACCAUCAGUCACAGCACCAACCUCCAGUCUGACACUGAAGGACUGACCAGAGGAGGAGAUGAAACUCCUGAUGUCAGAUUGUUCACAUCAGCCAAUAUUUUAGCAUGUUUUGUGUUUUGUCUCAAUUUCUACCUUUAUUCUUGUCAGAUAUAUGCAUAAUAUAUUUAUAUUCAUUUGCUUGGGUAAUAUACUGUACAGAUGUCUUAAUACUUGUUUGCUUGCAUGGAAUUCAUGUAUUCAGUUUAUCUCCAAGUAUGAAUAAAUAUUUCUUGCAUGA